AAAAUUAUACAAUUCCAGAUAUUGCAAUAAUGAAAGGUAUUCGUAAUGCACUUGUCGAUCUACGUGAAUUUCAAAUUCAUGGAACUUGUUAUAUGGCUUCCGCUGAAGCAUUAGACAACAUUUCAAACAUUUUAACUAUAAUGUCCCAUUUUUCGAGUAAUAUUCAUUCCAUGAAUAUUGAUUGCUGUCAUCGAGAUUUUCGAUUAGGUAAAAGAUUAUGUUCGUUAAUCGAAUCUCAAUCACAUCUUCAAAAUUUAUUGAUCGAAGAUUCUAGUUGGAAUUCAACUUUAACACAAAGUCUUAAUUCUGUUUUUUCAUGUCAAUUUUGUCACUUAAAGAACGUUACUAUCUCUGGUUUACCUCUUGAUAAUUCAUUUCUGACAAAUUUAACAAAUUGCACGAAACUGGAAUCGUUGAAUAUCUAUCAUUGUCGUAAUCUAAAAUCCAUUGAUUCUCUGUCUCAUGAAGUCAAGCAAUCAUGUAAUCUUCCUCUAUCAAAAUUAGCUUGUUUACAUAAUUCAAUUGAUUCACUAUUUAUUUUUGAAAUCUUUGAGAUGUCAAAAUCUAAUCUAUCUAGAUUGAUCUUGGAUAAUGUUGAUUCAAAUAUGAUUCAAUACGUGAGCAAUUAUUGUAAAAAUAUUGAAUAUUUGGCUAUUAAUAUUAAUUCAGAGAUUAUUAAAACAAUUUGUCUAUUAACAAAUCUUAAUAUCAAACAUUUUGUUUUUUAUUCUCGUCCAACUUCUACCAUUACACCUUCCACUGAUUUAUUAAAAUUUUUUGGUUUAUCAUUACCUCCGAGUUUAGAUUCACUUGAUUUAGAUUUUAAUAUUACUACUGAUGGUUUAAAUGAAAUUUUAAACUUUACUCAAGCUAGAAUUAAAAGUUUAGGUUUAAAAUUACCUCGACCUUUUGAUAAUGUUGGAAUUAAUGAUGAAUUUUUAAAUAUUAUUCUUAAGCAUUCGAUGUCUAAUGGUGGAAUUUUAAAAGAAUUAAGAAUAGAUAGGGGAAGGGAAUUUUUGGUCAAUAAGCAUUUUUCAAAAGAGAUGUUGGCAAAAGCAAAAGGUAUAUUGAAAAUUAUUCCUGAGUUUGAUAUUCCUUGGAAUACUUUUUAA